GAAGGAGGGGCUAGGCCAGGGCUGGAGGCAAGCUGGGCUGGAGGGCUGGGCGGCGGGCGGGCAUGUGCCUCUGGGUAAUCACUCCUUAAAUAGCCCCAGGAAGGGAUCCAGGGCAGUGCAGUUAACACAGUGGGAGCGCUCUGAGACGACACACUGUCCCACACACUCCUGGACGCGCAACACAGGAGGAGCAGGGAGAGGACUUUUCGGGACUUAUCCAGAGUGGAUCCUGGGACUAUAGCUGAAAAGGUGGUCCAGGAUGAACUUUGCCGCCCAGUUCAUCUACGCCAACUAUAUCAGAGAUGGAUCGCCUAACAGAGUGGGAUUCAGCGAUAGUGAUGAGAAUGACCCCUUCUGGCAGAGGUGGGACUCUACAGAUUCAUCACCCAUCCACUGUACCCCAUUAGACACAGAGGGAUUUCCCACCCGAGCCCUGGCUGUAGACGUACCCCCCCAACACCCUAAGGAACCAAAUACUCCCACUGCCGCUUCUCCUGUAGUGACUCCUGCUGUGGCUCCUUCUGCACCUCGUGUUGCACCUCUUCCUGUUCUCCUUCAUCCUUGUUCUGCACCUCUUCUCUCUCCCCAAGGUCAACUAACUACACCAGCCACAACCUCCAGUCUCCACCAUCUUCCUUCUCCUCGUGCAAGGAUAUCUACCAAGUCCUCUAGAGCCACCAGUAAACCCCUUCCUGUCCCCAAAUCUAACGCCAUCUCCAAUCCCUGUUGUUCUCCUCCUCCACCUGAAACAGCACCUCCACCACCUCCAGCUUCCCUUGCUCUCCCCAGGUCCACAGUAGUAGCCAAGGCCCCCCUUAGCCAUGUCCCUGCCCCUGUGAUACCCUCUCCAGACCUGGGGAACAGAUUUCUCUUGCCAGCCUUCCACGUUCUGAUAUGCCUCCUCCUCCGCCUGGUUCUAUCCUUCAUCCUCUUCUUCCUCCCCAGCGAGACGCAGCGUCUUGGGUCAACUAAACAGGGCUGCUCCACCUCUUCCAAGACUACCAGCAACAAGGACGCCCCCGUUUGUAACGGGGUUGCGGGCGUGCGGCCCACCCUCAUCCACCCAGAGCGCCUGAAGGACUUUGGUAUUGAGGAGGAGGAGUGCCUCAAUGGGGAAGUCAAGACCAAGGAGACCAAGGUGGUGGGGGCCCCUCAGAUCCAGCUGAUGGACCCGCCCAAGACUAACAAGAAGAGAGGCAGCGAGAGCAAAGCAAUCACACCACCCAAGCCUGAAUACCUCCGCUUCGAUGACAUCAGUGCUGCAGCCUUCAAAAUCCAGAUGAGGAUGCAGAAGACCCCCUGCAUGUACUCCAGACUGUCCAAACAGUACGGCAUGGAGAUCUUCCUGAAGAAGGAACACCUCCACUACACAGGCUCAGUGAAGGAAAGAGGCGUUCUCUACAUGCUCACCUCCCUCAGCCAGGAGCAGCAGAAGAAGGGGGUAAUUGUGGCUACAAACUGUAGCUUCUCCAUGGCCGUGGCCCACCAUGCAGUGGAGUUGAGGAUCCCAGUGUUUGUCAUCAUGCCAGCCAGCUGUGCCCAGCCCCACCUCAGGAUGUACCGUGACUACGGCGCCAUGGUAAUCUCCUACGGCAGCACGGCCAGGGACUCCCUGAAACACGCCCGCCACCUGGCCAAGGAGAACGGAUACCUUUACCUGGAAGAGGAUGAUAGUGCUGUGUACUUGGCAGGACUGGGCACAGUAGGCAUGGAGAUCUAUGAGCAGGUGCCCAAACUAGAUGCAGUCAUUGUGCCCGCUGGUGGGCAGUGUAGUCUACUGGUUGGCACAGCAGCCGCCAUCAAACACCUCAACUCGCGCAUCACUGUCAUAGGAGUUGAACCAGAAGGAUUCCCGUUGCUACUACAGUCCCUCAAAACAGGCAGCCCGGUGACUAGAGAACUAUACAGCACCCCAAACAAGAAGCUUUAUGGAGACCUAUUUGAGCACUCAAUGGGGACCCACACCGUCCAGCUGGCUAAGACAUUUGUCGAUAAAGUCAUCUCUGUCAGAGAGGAGGACUCUCUGGUAGCCAUGCUAAGGUUCCAGGAGUUUGAACACUCCACAGUGGACACAGAGGGAGCCAUGGGACUGGCGGCCAUCUUGGCUGGUCAACUACCAGAGCUGAAGGGCAAAAGGGUAGCUGUGGUCGUCAGCAGUGCUAACAUGGAGUUGGACCUGAUCAGACAGUGUGUUGACCGAGCCCUGGUUCUGGACGACCGGGUCAACAAGUUUACGGUGCAGUUGGGGGACUUUCCAGGGGACAUGGCCAAGCUACUGGACAUCCUGGCCCGAGAGGACAUCAAGUUGUUGGAUGUUUGCCACCGUAGACACAAUGACAGAGGCGAUCUCUUCAAGGCUCUGGUGGAGUGUGUGGUGGAGACCAGAGAUAAGACACAGAGCACUCAGCUCCGCAGGACACUGUCUGAGCGCUACCCCACACUACGCUGGCUGGACCGGUGAUCAACACACGUCACGGCCUCGUCACGGCUCUCACUCUGAACACGCACACACACGGACAAAGCAUGCACGCGCAUGCACACGCAUGUUCGCACAUGCACGUCACUUGCAGACACACACACACACACAAUUAAACAGACAAUGAAACAGAAACAUUGUGAAUGUAUAUGCAAACUCACACAUAACACAUGCAUUGAACUCUUUUGCUGCAAAACUACCGAAUUGCAAUUGCUUUUGAGUAUCAGUGAGUAUAAUAAAGCCUUUUGAUUAGUAUAGAUUAUACAGGGAGAUACACUUUAAAUUCGGGAAUAUAUGGCACUUACUGCAUAUGCUGCUCUGAUGAGAAAACAAUACUUUCACCCCAUACUUCUGUUAUUAGGGAGCUCAGGGGGUACUUUUGGGCCAGUUUCCCGGACAAUGAUUAAGCCCAGCUGAUCCUAACAUAACAGUGGUAGUGACAAUUAAAAGCAUUAUGUUCUGGAAAUAAAAGUUGAUGAUGAUGACGUA